AGUUUGAUUUUAUCUGUGCCAGUGCGCUGCGGAGUGCGGAUAGUGUUUUUUAGUUUCAUUACCAUAUUUUGUAAAUAUAAACUGCAUUAUAUAUCAUGACUAAAUAAUAAAGAUUGUGUUACGCCGGACUUUCUUUAAUACUUACGUUAUAUAUUACCUUGUAAUGAAAUAAAUUAAAAAAAUAAACAUGUUCUCCGGAAAGGAUGCCGCUAAUCCGGCAUAUCCCACACAGUGGGCUCUAAACCCAACUGCAUAUCAAAAUGUGGACGAUAGUCAGGUCGACUGGGCAGCGCUAGCUCAGCAAUGGAUUGCCAUGAAAGAAGCGGAGGUUAUAGUUGGAACAUCCCAGUUGAAGGCCGAAGAAGGUGGUGAAGCCCCAAUGGAUAUGGAAAUACCAAGUGAGACUUCUAUCCCUCCAGGAGCUGAAUGGAAUUCCUCUACAAACUCAUGGGGAGGACCAUGGAAUCAAUGGGGUUGGGGGUGGCCUUCUGGGGCAGUUGACCCCAAAAUGCCUCCAAAUCAAAAUAUGCCUUUGCCUCCAAUGGCUGAUCGCUAUCCAGUGCCUGAAAAUGCAGCUGAAAUUCCUGGUUAUACAACAGGAACAGUACCAGCACCAGCACCAAGUUUCCAACAUGGAUACUGGACUGCUCCACAAGUUGAUCAGAGCAGCGAUAACAAAGAUAGAAAUAGUAGGACCAGUGCCAGCAGGUCGAAAAGCAGGAAUAGAGAAUCUAAAUUGACAAGGAGUAGGCCAAACAGGGAAAGACCAUUACUGCCACCUGUAGUUGAACCAGCAGUACCACCUGUCAUGUCUCCUCUGGAUGCAGCAAAGAGACGACAAUUACCUGCUUGGAUUAGAGAAGGCUUAGAAAAAAUGGAACGUGAGAAACAGAAGGCCUUGGAACGUGAGCAGGAAGCCAAAGCCCAAGAGAUUGCUGAGAUGGAAAAGAAAAGGCUUGAGGAAGAAGAACUCCAGAGGUUGAAAGCUGCAGCUAGUGGGGAGCCUGUUAUGCCAGUGAAGAGCAAAUUUGAAACCGAUUCAGAAGGUGAGGAGUCUGAGAUAGAAGAAACUGAGGAUAAUGUUAAGGAAGAAGAAGCGGGGGAAGAAGAUGAAGAAAUAAAGAAGGAACCAGUUGAAGCAAAUCAGCUGGGGAAGAAAAGCAAAGAGGAAAUCAUGCAGGAAGUGAUGUUAGCAGUGCGUCGCUCGCUUACUGAAAUCCUGCUGGAAGUGACGGACCAAGAGAUACAGUCUGUCAGUCAGGAGGAACUGGCCCGGUAUAACACCGCACAAGCAUCGCGCCUCAACGCUAUGAAAGCGAGUCAGUCGAAGGCAUUCACCGCUAUUGCAUCUGGCCUCGGUCUUGGGGCGUAUGAGAGUAGCAGCGACAGCGACGAAGACGAAUCAAACGACCUUUCUGAUCACCAGUUACAGGAGAUAAUAAAAAGCAAGAAGUCAGAAUUCGAGCGGACAUCGCGCGAGAUCGAGGCGGACGUGCGGCGAGCAGAGCAGCGCGAGGAAGGAGCGGUCGUCGGGGAGGAGAGCACUACGCCCAACGCUACGCCGGAGAUGCCGAGAUCACGUUCUUCAGCAACUCCACCUCCAAAAGAUAGCGACACCCCAGAGAAAAAACAGGAACGUCGUUUUUCUAAAGACAAAAGAUUUAAUAAUAAAUCAGCGGACAAAGUAGACGUUGGUCACAAAUUAGAUACAAUUCACGAAGAAAAACAGCGAAAGUAUAGUAUACACGAUACUACUCCAAGUCCUCCAAAAAAUUCUAAAAACCACAAUAAGGAAAGCAGCACUUCCACCAGCAGCAAUUCUGAUGCUUCAUCUAGUUCAAGCUCCUCGGAAAGUGAGACCGACACACAGACUGAGAGUAGAUCCAAAAAGCGUAAACGUAAUAGUUCAAGCUCUAGCAAUACUCCAAAAGAAUCUAAAAAACAUAAAAAAGAUAAAUCGUAUAAACAAAGUGAGCAUUCUAAAACUAAACACGAAGGUUAUAUAUCAGAAACAUCCAAGUCUAAAAGGCACGACCACAAAAGACAAAAGUCUAAAAGCAAGGACGACUAUGAAAGCUAUAAGUCUAAAAAUAGGGACGACCAUGAAAGCCAUAAGUCUAAACAUAGGGAUGACUACGAAAGCCUUAAGUCUAGAAGUAGGGAUGAGCGUUCGCAUAAAGAUAGGUAUAGGGACGAUGAUAACAGGGCAAGGAAGCAUUCCCGGAAAUCACGUUCGAUAAGCUACGAGUCGCGGUCCGGUCGUAAACGGUCCCGGGACCGAUCAGAUGAUAGGUCGCGUCGGCGGGAUAAACGUUCCUACGAUAGAGAUUCCAGACGGGAUAGGUCUUAUGAAAGGUCCAGAGAUUACGACAAAUACGAUAGGUAUGAUCGUAGGGACUACGAGCGCCGAAGAUCCCGCAGUGGCAGCCAUUCCAGAUAUCGUAGAUGAACACCAGGUUUACUUUCUAAAAGAUAUGUGAAGUCUUGAUCUUCAGGUGUAAAUACUAGUUUUCAUGUAUAUUAAUAGCUGUGUACUGCAUUGCAUUUUAACAAUAAAUAUUUAAAAUUAAA